AUGGCAGCCGUGGAUCCAACGUACCCCCUCUACCCUAUUGCUUGCUCCCUGGCUUCGAUGAUGCUGCUCCUCGUACUGCUGACCAGCUUUGUCCGCCGAAGCUGGAACCUCGGUGUUGCCUUUCUUUGCUUCUGGCUCUUCUUCGAGAACCUUAUUAAUGGCAUUGGCACUAUCAUAUGGUUCGACAAUGCCGACAUCAAGCUAUAUGUGUAUUGCGACAUCGUAUCGCACGUGCAAGUCAUCACUUCGGUAGUCAAACCUGUGGCCACUCUCAUCAUUACUCGCCGACUAUGUUUGAUCGUCAACCUACGUUCCAUCGAACCACUUACGAAAGCGGUAAGACGCAGAAACCUCGCGAUAGAGUGGACCCUCGGGAUGGGAAUCCCUAUUCUGGUUGCAGGACCACUUUACUACGUAGUUCAGGUGGCUCGGUUCAAGAUCGUAGAGGGUUUUGGCUGCAGUAACGAGGUUGAAGAUUCAAUACUCAGCAUUUUGUUUAUACAAUCAUGGAAUGUCUUGCUUCCGCUGGUAUCCGUCACUGUGUACUAUCCUCGUGUGGCCCAAAUGUUCUAUCGCCAUCACCGGGAGAUCAAUCACUUCUUACAGAGCAACGAUUCGGUGACUCGCCCUAACUACCUCCGCAUUCUUGCCCUUGCAAGCAUUGAUAUCCUGCUCAUGUUGCCUGUGGGCAUUGCGAAUAUUGUCCUGUUCGUGAAAGACGAGGUGUUUUUCGGUUCCCUCCCAUUCUACUAUGGCUGGACCUUCGACCACACGCGCUGGCAGCCGCAGAGCAUUACCUAUACGGAGAUAGUGUCUAACGGGCCUUUCAGUGUAGCAACCUUCUACUUCUUCAAUUGGAUAUCACCAUUUCUCGCAUUCGUCAUCUUCGGCCUCUUCGGCGCUACACAGGAAGCCCGCGUCUCGUACUGGCGCAUUAUAUGCACUGUCGGCGGCUGGUUCGGCUGGAAACCCACACCUCGCACGCGCAGGUCGCGUUCGUCGGUGGGAGAUAUCGUGUUCGGAGAGCGUCCUGCUCAGAACUCGAUGUCGCUGGAUCUCGAGUCAAACCCAAGCUACAUAGACGGCGACGCCUGCGCGCAAGGUCAGAUCGUAGAGAGCGGAGGUGCGAGGAUCAGCGUAGUGAACAAUGCGUCGGAGAAGGCCGGGAAAGAGGAAGCGCACCUUGCCCAGGAGACUAACUUGUCGGAUCGUAACUCAGACGCAGAGCGCCCAGCACAGCCGCCCGGCGGCUCGCACGAAGCAAGCCUCGGCGAUGCUGCGGCCGUCGUAUGA